CCUGGUGCAAUCGUUCUCAAGGCUUCCGUACUACAUGUGCUUCACGUUCGACUGGAGGGGCAGCAACAGCCUCGUCAACUUUAAAGAGGAUCCGCUCACGUACGAGAUGAGCAUGAUCGUGCUCUGGUACCCUGGCCGCUCUCCACGACUCUCGCACUACGAGAUGGACAUGACCUUCCACCACGUGGACAGCAUCAGCGCCGCCACCAAACACACGCUGCUGCUCAGGCCUUCUGGCAGCUACGAGUACAGCUUGCAACAGAGGAUGCUCAAGCGGCUGGAGUUUCCCUACGACACCAACUGCGUGGAUUAUGGGAAAAUGGAAAAGCUGGCUCACUAUCCUGCCUUUCACACUCAGGAAGAAUAA